AUGUCAGUCAAUAUUUGCAGAGAUAAUAAUGAUCCUUUUUAUAGAUACAAGAUGCCUCUUAUCCAAGCCAAAGUUGAAGGUAGAGGUAAUGGUAUCAAGACGGCAGUGCUGAACGUUGCAGAUAUUGGCCGCUCUUUGAACAGACCAACCCCCUACAUUGUUAAAUACUUUGGGUUUGAAUUGGGUGCCCAAACAUCUAUAUCUGUGGAUAAAGAUCGUUAUUUGGUUAAUGGUGUUCACGAGCCUGCAAAGUUACAAGACGUUUUGGACGGGUUUAUUAACAGGUUUGUUCUUUGUGGCUACUGUAAGAACCCUGAAACCGUGAUUAUUGUUACAAAGGAUGGUGAUCUAGUCAGAGAUUGUAAAGCAUGUGGUAGAAGAACUCCGAUGGAUCUUAGACAUAAGUUAUCAUCUUUCAUUUUGAAGAAUCCGCCAGACUCUAUGAAUGGAUCCAAAAAGACCAAAAAGGCAGCUACUGCCUCCGCAAACAUUCGUGGUGGUGGUGUCUCCAUCAGUGAUAUUGCUCAAGGAAAGUCACAGACAUCAAAUGGUGCAAAUGGUAGCAGUGAUGGUAUUCCUCAGGUGGAAGAUGAUGAUGAUGACGAACUAGCUCGUCAAAUUAAUGCCGCAGCCUCCACCUUGCAAAAGAUCGAGAUGAAAGAUGAUGAAUGGGCCGUUGAUAUGUCCGAAGAGGCAAUUAGACAACGUGCUAAAGAACUGCAAGCAAAUAUCGAUGCUGCUAAUGGGGAAAUGACUAAAUUAGAGGAAUUCGGUGAAUGGAUUCUGAAGGAAAAGGAAAUUGAGAUGCCGACGGAUGUUGAGAUUUAUAAAAAGGCUGCAGACUUCGAUAUUCUGAAGGACCCAAAAAUUGCAUGUGUUCUUGCUCAAUCUAUGUUCGAUAAAGAUAUCGUAGAAGAAAUUUCUGAACAUUCUGCAUUCUUAGCCAAAGUAUUCGUAUCAGCGGAAUACGAGAAGGAAUUUUUGGGUGGUCUAGAGAGGUUUUUAGGAAUUGAACACACUGCCUUAAUUCCAUCCCUCCCAAAAAUCUUGGUUCAGUUAUACAAUAAUGAUGUCAUCUCUGAAGAAGAAAUAAUCACCUUUGGUUCUAAAUGCUCGAAGAAAUAUGUUCCAAAAGAUAUAUCGAAAAAAGUUCGCAGAGCUGCAAAGUCUUUCAUUGAUUGGUUAAAAAAUGCUGAAAGUGAUGAAGAAGACGAAAGUGACGAUGACGAAUAA